GCACGUGAUCGAUAUUCAAUAUGGCGGACGUCAAGUUGGGAGGAUAUCCGUAGUGAAAUAGAAAAUACACAAAUUUCGCGGAAAUAAUGAGUGACACAGUUAAUCAGUGUGUGAAAACGUCGUUUGAUUUGCCUACAUAUCAGAGACGUCUUCGUCACCUACGGAGCAUAACAGUUAGAAACCUCCAGUGUGGAAGCUACAAGGGAAAAGACAUUACCCAGCUGGGCUGCUACUUUACUCUGCAUGUAGCGGGAAAAGCUAAAGAGUUUUAUCGCAGUGAAAUGAUUUAUGGCUCACUGAAUCCCUCCUGGAAGAGUGUGGACAUCAGUCAGUAUGACAACCAGAUUAACAUCCAGUCUAAAUCAUUUGUGUUGCGUGUUUGGGUGGCAAGCAAACGACAAACCACUCGAUAUCUACUCAUUGAUUGGUCGAUCAACCUCACUGGACUCGUGUUCUUUUCUGACAGGAACGAGCAGAAAUACACGCCCAACAUGGUUGUCGUUGGCAUGUUUGACAAACUAUUCAUUGCCCCUCAGAAACCACUUCCACCAGAAAAGGAAUUACUGGCCAUGGAGGAUGGGAUGACCUGCAAACAUUCGUACACAAUCAACUCACUGUCACGGAUGCACACGGUCCUUCGCGCCAUCAACCAGAUGCAGGCAUCGGUAAGGCGGCUACACGGCUCCAUAGAGGACAGGCUGCUCCACUCUCAAGGGGAGGCAAAGCUGCGAGCGAGUGAAGAGGACAUGUUGGUGCAUGUGACCCAGAUGAGGACAGAACUCACCUGGCAGCUGCAUCGACUGCAGGCCCAACAAGACGCACUGGAGAAUGCCAGAAAAGCCAAGGAAGAAAAAAGUCAUGAACUGAAAGAGAAAUUUCAUCUCCUUGCUGCUAGUCGACUAGAAAUGGAAGAAAGAAGGAAGACCUUUUUCCAAACUAGAGAAAAGUUUAUAAAAGAAAACUAUCAGUUGCUUAUUCGACGGAAACAACUGAUCACAGAGCUUACCACAUACAUUUAUCCAGUAACUGAGGAUAAAGAUAAGAAAUUUUAUGUUUGUGGAGUAUUUCUACCCAAUUCAGAAGACUUUCAAGGGUCAGAUUACACGAUGUGUUCAGUCGCCCUUGGUUACACGUGCCACCUGGUAAUCAUGAUGUCACAGAUUCUCGAUUUCCCCGUAAGAUAUCCCAUGCAGCAUCUGUCUUCACUGUCCCAAAUAACGGACCACAUACACCCGAAACUUACGGACAAAGAUAAAGUAUUCCCGUUGUUCUUCAAAGGCAAGGAACGAUUUCAGUUCAACUAUGGAGUGUUCAUGCUCAAUAAAAACAUCAGUCAGCUGCGGUACUACUGUGGGCUGGGGACCAGUGACCUAAGGUUGACGUUGCCAAAUAUAAAAACUCUGCUGGAGUCCAGACUCGGUAUCAGAUGUGAUAGUAUCGCAGAAAAAGCAAAAGCCGAGGCCCAGGAACGUCCAAACAUGGAAGACAGAGACGAGACCCUUAGCUCGGUAGCCUCGGGUGGUAACCACAGCGCUCACAAUCCCGCUGAGGAGUAUGUUGAAAAGAUUCUGGCAAACCGGGGUAAAACCAGUCCCUUAAUUGAAAAUGGACAAAACCGGACAGUGGCAUUACCGCUGACAGAGAUCUCGGUUACGCAGAGUGAAAACAUUCUUGAGACUGGUGAUAUCUUUAAACCAACAGACGAUGAAUUUUUUACAUCGAAAUUGGGGCUGGUUCUUGGUACAAACUCACCGGGCAGUUCUAGUUAUGGCUCGUUUUCUGAACAUCAGAAUGGGGUGAUUAAGUAUGACCGGAACUUCAGUAUGUCCCCUUCGCCUGGGAGUGCAGAAAACAGUUUACAGGCAUUGAUGUCGGCAGAUUUGAAGGAGGUGAAUUCGAAAGUAAACGGAAAAUCUUCGGAUGUUUCGCAUGACCUUAGUUCCGGUGAUGAUGAAUGUGAAAAUGUCGAACAAACUUUUAAGAACUUGGAUAUAAAUGACUUUUCUCCACUGGAUGACAAUUCUACUUAAUGAUAGAGUUUUAUUAUAAAACUUAUUUUUAGUUGUGUGACUACUUUGCUGAAAUGACUUUGUUGUUAAUUUAUUUUUUGUUAUAAGACAUAUUUCCAGAUUAGUUUCUGUUUUAGUGCUAAGUUCUGCCUAAGGCUAUCUGGCUAUGCAAAAUUGUAUUAUAGCUUUGAUUAGCAAAAUCAAUUACUAAUAACUGGUAUUCAGUAAUCUUAAUAAUGAGUAACUGAUAUAAUAACCUCCAGGUGAUAUCAAUGAAGUUAAGGUAACGGCUAUGUGCCGGUCUGGUGUAACAACUUUAGUUUUCCUAAUCAUAAUUCACGUGUCACUAAUUUACUAUUAGUUUCAUACCUGAUAAUUCAUAAUGCAUUAUGUUUGUGAAUAGGAAUGUUUUUCUAGUCAGUCAUAUCAUAGACUUUUCAUAAUUUCUGGUUUCAAUUGCUGCAUACCGGUAAGCAGGAAUGCAUUAUGUCACCCGGCUUUUGGGGAAAAUGCCUAGCCUCCAAUUUUUAGCUUAUAAUUUAUCAACAAAACUGCGAAAGUUUAUGAAAUUUCCGAAGUACACUUGAAAUUAGGGGAAUAUUGCUUAAUUUUAAAGAAAUUAUUUAAAAGAAAGACCCUUUAUUAUCCCCCUGGUAAAAAUGCCCUACGUGCUUAAGUGCCAAGAAAUCCUGCUGAGUAAAUAAUCUGCAGUUGUACUCCCCCCUUUAUUGAUGAGGAACUAUAUGUUACCUAUUGGCAGAUUUUCUGAUCCCCUUUUAGAAAAAUGUGAAACUUUUAAAAUUGCAGAUCUCAAGAAAACAACAAAUUUCACUGGAUCUUUUGUUAAACUGUUACAUCAGUGGAUGCUUUGUAGAAAAUUUGAGAGGAUAUUUGUUAUACCCCCACUAAACGAAGUUUAGGGGGGUAUAUAGGAGUGAGCUUGUCGGUUGGUCUGUGUCCGCUCUCUAAUUCAAGUAGUUUUCAUCCGAGCUUCACCAAACUUGGUCAGAAGUUGUAACUAGAUGAUGUCUAGGCCAAGUUCAAACAUGGGCCUUGCCGGGUCAAAAACUAGGUCACGGGGUCACUUAGUGCGUUUAAAACAUUCAGCAUGUUGUCCGCUCUCUAAUUCAAGUAGUUUUCAUCAGAGCUUCACCAAAUUUAGUCAGAAGUUGUAUCUAGAUGAUGUCUAGGCCAAGAUCGAAGAUGGGUCAUGGCAGAUCAAAAACUAGGUCACGGGGUCACUUAGUGCGUUUUAAACAUUGAGCAUGGUGUCCGCUCUCAAAUUCAAGUAGUUUUCAUCGGAUCUUCACCAAACUUGGUCAGAAGUUGUAUCUAGAUGAUGUCUAGGUCAAGUUCGAAUAUGGGUCAUGCCAGGUCAAAAACGAGGUCACUGGGUCACAUAGUAUGUUUUACACAUUCAGCAUGGUGUCUGCUCUCUAUUUCAAGUAGUUUUCAUCCUAUCUUCACCACACUUGGUCAGAAGUUGUAUCUACAUGAUGUCUAGGCCAAGUUUGAACAUGGGCCAUGCAGGGUCAAAAACCAGGUCACGGGGUCACUUAGUGCGUUUUAAACAUUGAGCAUGGUGUCCGCUAUUUUUUGUGAAGACAACAUGCAAAAUAUUCUGUGUCAAUGCGGCAUGUUGGGGUAUUCGUCACGUCUGUGACAAAGCUCUAGUUGGAUUUGGUGGAAUAUCAAUUUUAAUUCACGAGUGAAUCCAACAAUUUUUUUUAUUUUAUGCUUACAAAUGAUUAUUUUUGUAUUUGUGACAUCUAGUUCCCCAUUGGGCGCCUCACAAUGUCCUAACAUGUAUGUUCAAGGCAAGCUUAUCCCUAUGUUGUUAUAAACAUUCAUUGCGGAGUUAUCACUCUUGGUGAAAUUGGGGGUAACAAUGGGGAAACCAAACAAAUCCAAAAAUAGAUCCGGUAAAACAAUGAAAAAUAUCAAUAAUUUUCACUGUUUAAAACUGUGAAUUAUCAGUUUUUAAUUCACUGAUAUUUCUCUAUAAACCACAGGAAAGCAUAAAAUAAAUGAUGGUAAUUAUUCAGUUUAGAUAAAAUACUUGGAUCGUUAUGACCGUUUUAUUGGCAAAUGAUGGUAAUUAUUCAGUUUAUAUAAAAUACUUGGAUCGUUAUGACCGUUUUAUUGGCAAAUGAUGGUAAUUAUUCAGUUUAUAUAAAAUACUUGGAUUGUUAUGACCGUUUUAUUGGCAAAUGAUGGUAAUUAUUCAGUUUAUAUCAAAUACUUGGAUCCUUAUGACCGUUUUAUUGGCAUUUUGAUUUUGUAGCAUUGCUUUGAGCUAUUUUAGCGUUAUGUAUGAAAAAGACGUGUAUGUAUGCACACACCUGUCAGAAGAAAUACAACAUAGUCCUAUAAUUUUCAACAAACAACUUUUAUCUUUUGAGGCCUUGUAUCUAAUGAAUUAAAUGGCAAUUUUUAUUGUUUGUACUAUAGUCUUCAUUAAAAAUUGUAAAAGCUAUGUCUGCAUUGUGUAGGGGCAGUGGCCACUGUGAUAAGAUCUGGGGGUUUUCAGCACAUACUAGUAUUAUAUGUUGGAUUAUUUUGGACCAAAUGUAAUGGGAACAAAAAUGUGUAGGGCAUUAGUAGAACAAUUUACGACACAAAUGUAUUUUGUUGUGUGAGUGUUGUCUUUUGUUGAAAAACUGUUGUUGUGUUGUUGACAUUAGGAUUCCACAAAUGGAGAUUAUUGUGUUUUUUUUCCAAAGAAUCCUCGCUUGUAAUUUGAGGAAUGCGAUCAUUGUGCAAUAUUUUUGUAAUAAAAGCUACUGAAAUAUU